AUGCUGCACGAAGUUGCGCUCCAUUGCUACAACAUCACGCAAUCGUACCUCGCAAUUAACACUGAGCCAUUGCUGAACUCAACCACUCGCGAAACCAUCAAACACACACAGCAUGCCAUCCAGCUCAGCAGACGGUACCUGCUGCAAGACAUAUUCACCCGAUGGGACCCCUUCAACGGCGAAAUCUCGUUCUCGUACAACGGAGGCAAGGACUGCCAGGUGCUGUUGAUUAUAUACCUAGGAUGUCUAUGGGAACUGUUCAUGAAAUCGAUCCAGGACUCGCAAUACGGCGUCGAAUACCACCGGUUCCCGAUGGACCGGGUGCCCACAGUGUACAUUGACCAAGAUGCAAUGUUUGAGAGCGCACAGGAGUUUCUCCAAGAGAGCGUGGACCGAUAUUGCUUGUCGUUGUACGAGUCUCCAAAGGACAAGCAAGUGGGCAUGGCACAGGCGUUCCGGAACUUCCUGGCUGUGCACCCUGAGACCCAGGCGAUUGUCAUUGGGGUACGGCAUUCUGAUCCGUUUGGCGAGACGUUGCGGCCAGUGCAGGAGACUGACGAGAACUGGCCUCGAUUCUUCCGGUUGCAACCGUUAUUGCAUUGGAACUUGAGCGAGAUAUGGAGUUUCCUAUUGUACUCUGGCGAAGAAGUGUGCGGGUUGUACGAGCUGGGGUUCACGUCGUUGGGAAGCGUGAACAACACGCUGCGAAACCCGUACUUGCGGGUGCCCGAGCCGGUUGUGGGAGCGACAUUGGCCCCAUCAGAGCAGCAUCACAGCGACUUUGAAUGGGAAAUCGCACACAAUUACCGGGGCGACGGCCAGGCGCACUGCUCGAAGGUGAGCCACGGCGACUUGCAGGCGAUUCGCGAGCACGACGCAUCGCAGUUCCAUCCCGGAUGGUACUUGACCAAAGACGAAUGGGAGCGUGCCGGCAGGCUCGCGAGAAGAAAGUGA